AAAAAGUAAGGUUAUGUUUUUGUUUUCUCAUUUUGUUGUGGUUUAAACUUUUGCAAAAAUUUAGCGAAAAAAUGGAUAUUUACGAUGAUUAUUUGCUAAAAUUCCACGAGAAUGAUAUUGGAAGUAUUCUCACGUCAGAUUGGGAUGCAGAGCCAAUGAGUGUUUAUGUGGACAUGUGUCACUUGCAGAGAGAAGUCCCGGAGUUGUUUCAGCGCCUCCAGGAAGAUGCUUGGGAGGAGCGACGGAAGUGGAAUGCAAGCCUCGUACGUGCACAGCAGAAGAUUCUCUCAAAUGAUGUCUUCCUUGCCGGAUCUACGGAUUUGAGGGACAAUUGCUACGUGACCCUCCACAAUUUGCCACCAUCCGCAGGGACACACUUCUCCACUGAAUACCCCACCUUGUCGCAUGUUGGGAAACUCGUACAGAUCAAAGGAAGCGUUGUGAGGAUGUCAAAGAGCGUAAUAGUUGAGUAUAGGCGCCAAUAUACGUGUAGUCGUUGCAAGAAAACUGUAAUGUGCCACGCACAGUACUUUCGGAAUUUUGCCUUUGAUCCUCCAACAAAGUGUCCGGAUGCAGAUGGCCCAAAUAAAUGUCGUGGACGAAUGCAGGAUUUGUCUUCCACAAAGGAUCCAAUGAAGUAUAUGCAAUAUCAGGAAUUUACAAUGCAGGAACUUCUGAGUGUCUCCGUUUUCCCAACGGUAAUGAUUGUGACACUUGAGGAGGAUUUAGUUGAAAUUUGCGAUGCUGGCGAUCGUGUGAUUGCCUGUGGGGUGUUGCAGUAUCAAUUUCAGUGGACAAAAGAGUACCAAAAGCCCACAAUUAAAUUCGUCUUGCGUGCUAUAAGUGUGUGGAGUGAGCAACGGAAGCUUGGUACAAAGUCUGCCGAUGAGGUGCUCUAUGCCCAACUAGCCUGGCAGGAGCUUGUUGAGGUGGAGGGUGAGGCAAAAGCCCGCGAGAGAAUUGUGGCAUCAUUUGCACCAAAAACUCUCGGGAUGCAGUGCAUUAAAUUGGCCCUCUGCAUUGUUCUCUGCAGUGGUGGGCUACCGAGGAAAACCGAUACGUCACGUCAGAAUUCUCACAUGCUUCUCGUUGGGGAUCCAUCCCUUGGGAAGUCUAGUCUUAUCUCUUUUGCAGCGGAAAUCACUCCAAGAUCAAUCUACACGACGGGCGUUGGAUCGACAAAAGCCGGUCUUACGGCGGCUGUUGUGCGUGAAAGUGGGAAAUGGCAUUUGGAAGCAGGAGCUCUUGUGCUGGCUGAUGGUGGUAUUUGCUGCAUUGAUGAAUUUCAUCUUCUCUCCAAUAGUGACAAAGGUAGCAUCCAUGAAUGCCUGGAGCAACAAACAUUGAGCAUUGCCAAAGCCGGGCUGGUGUGUACACGACGUACACGAUGCUCUGUGAUUGCAGCAAUGAAUCCCAAAACAGAUCCAAAAGGACAAACUCCCGAGGAGAGAGAAUUGGCUGCAAUUGGACUUGGGAGUCCGUUGCUAUCGCGUUUUGAUUUGAUUUUUGAACUAAAAGAUGAUCACGAUGCUGAUUGGGAUGAGGUAGUUGCCACGUAUGUUCUGGGGAAGAUUGUUGGUUUGCAAAUUGAUCACCAGAGGGAGGGGAAUGAUGAUAAAUUGCUACUGGAUAAGGCAAAGCUUCAGGCACACUUUGAAAUGAUUCGUGACAUUCAGCCACAGCUGUUGGGGUCUACGAAAAAAAUUCUGGAAGUUUACUACAGGCUCUGUCGGCAAACCUAUCACAACUACCUACGUGGAAGGACAACGGUGCGAUUGCACAAUAGCCUUGAACGCCUCACGAAAGCUCAUGCGAAGCUAAUGGCACGAACACAAGCAACUGUUGUUGAUGCCACAGCUAUUGUCUUCCUGAUGGAAUCUUCUUGGGGCUACGGUGGCAUUCUUCCGCCUGUAAAUACAAUAAGUGGAGAACUUUCAUACCCAACGGAGGAGAUGAUUGAACAAGUUCUUUUUGCACUAUCACUCACGCGGGAGGAUAUUCGCGAGGAUGAACAACAGCCUCCCACUCAACCAAUUGUCAUCGAGGGAACACCCAAUUCAUCAAAAAUUGAAAAAUCUCGUCGGGAAGGCAAUCAAAACUCUCAAUCAGUGCCAAAUAGAGCGGAGAAUUCAGAACGUACAGAGCGUUCGCAUAAGAGAAAGCAUUCAGAUGAUUCAGUGUCCUCUCAACAAUCCUGCCCAGCUUUUCCAACGAACUUUGCUCUCCUUAAUAAUUCUCAGGGACAUUCAAAGGGGACGGAAUUUGGAAAUGAAUAUAGCAAAGUCUACGAAGCUAUUGAUACAAUCAACUGGAAUCUCGAUGAUGUAGAUUCAGAGAUAAAGGAAAAUCAUGAAAACACCCGAGAAAAUUCCCCAAGCAAUGACUCCUUUCAGCAUUGCUUCAGAAAUUUCGACUGUUCCGACUUUGAAUUGGAUUAACCCAAAGUUUUUUGGUGGAAGGCUUUCAGCGUCACAUGGCAGACACUUCUUAUGGCGGUGUCUUCGUGGCUAAAGUAAAGCUCUCUCGAAUGUUGAUGAUGAUGCGAAAAGUGCGCACGUAGACGUAUCAGGAGCAAGAAUCUCGUGCCGCGACGACAGCGUCUCGCGUGGACAAGGAUUAAAGGAUUGGCUUAGAGGUAAAAUGCUUAUCAUCUGUCUGUCUGUUCGUUGGGGUGAAGAGUAGACAGAGCGCCUUAUGAGUGGAUUUAUUUCAACAUAUCAUGUUGAUGGGAGACAUAAAACAUCCCUUUGGAUUG